AUGGUCAAGCCAGACAAGCCAAAGAAGGGCCAGAUUCCCUUCGAUCAGUUGCCUAUCGAAAAAAGGCUCACGAUUCAGAAGUACGAUGCAGAUGAUUGCAAAGAUGCAAUCCAUGGCCGCCGAAUCCCGAAAGCUUUUGGUCACGAAGUUCAUCGUCUCUGCAUUAUUCGCGGCAUCCGUUAUCACCACGGCUUUGCUGAGGAACUCCGCGGUGUGACACCUGAAUUCACUCGCGCCUUAAAUGCCCGUGAUAUCAUGAGCGGUGUUAUUCCAACCUUCUCCGAGCCGGAUAGGAGUGAUAUACCGUACUGCAUUUGGCAUCCCGAUGUCCCUAGUGAGGAUACUUUGCGAUUACUGGUUCAGCGAUAUCCCGAUAUGAUCUAUCAUGCUGCUCGUGCAUGUGCGGUCGGCGGAUACAUUGAUUUGUACAAAGAGCUCGAUAUUCUCCCUGAGGUGCAUAUUGCAGAGGAAGCUGGAUAUGCCCAGAGAAAUAGAAAGGGGAGCCAAGAGAUUUAUCAAAAUAUUCUUUCCCAGCCAGUGAAGUUCGCAAUCAUGAACGACUAUAAACGGACCGUUGAUGUUUCUGGGCGUCGAGUCACACCCUUGAAUGGCGAUACUGCUGCUUAUUCUAGCCUUGAAGCCAAGUCAACAUUUCAUGAAUCCAAAGGACCUUGGGUUCAUAAGUCAUAUUACUUUAAUAUAACCGAGGACUGGGGUAUAGAUGAUCAUGACUGCGAGGCGCCCAAGACACCAGAUGAUGAUUUUCCAUUGGUUUACAGUCCUUUGCCAACAGAUCUCCCGCUCAUCAAUAAGGACGGCCUAAUUUCUGUUGCUGCAUACAUAGGAGACAUCGACCGCUAUGUACGCCUUCGAAGGCCAGAAUGGAUUGAAGAUGAACUGGGCCUUGUGGUACAUGGUAUCUAUCACAAUGCAUUCUUUGCCAAAUGGUGGAAUUCGCAGAUUUCAGAGACACCACAGAGUGGUCUUAUCGAGUGCACCAUUCGGCGCGCAAUAAAUGCUCGGCGUAUCAUGUCCAACGACUUAUCUUGGGUAACCGUGGAUGUCCCGGAUUUGGUGCUGCCCGAAAUGAUUUAUUAUCCCUCUUUUGCACAGGGCACAACAUACCAGGAGUUGGCUCAUAUCGUCCCGAGCAUGUACCGGCUAUGCCUUCAAGCGUGCAUAGGCGCUGGCUAUGUUACAACAUGGGACAAUUUACUACUCCAGCCACCCGAAGAUAUUUCUUAUUUCCAAUCUCCCCGGAAGCCUGAUGAGCCGGAAGACCUUAAGCUCUGGCGAAUUUCCCGGGUCGUCGGUGCUGAUAUUUGGAAUGAGGCGCAGCUCGCGAGUAAUCCGCAGUUUUUACAAGAGAUCUCGGCAGCAGUUCCCAAGAAACCUGAUUCUGGCCCCGAUUGGCAAGACUAUUGCUCGGCAUUCGGUCUUUAUCAUCGCAUUCCAGAGGGGGUUAUUCGCGUUGAUAAGCCGAUCUGGCCAUCCGGUGGUAUCGGUCCCUACAAUGGACAACGCCCUGGGAUCGGCGACGUGGAUUACGCAGCGUUUGUCAUGGAUGCGGUAGGGAAAGACGUUUGGGAAGAAGAGAAACAAAGACAAAAUUCAUCUUAUUUGCCCGUUGACCGGAUCUAUGAAUUUUUGAAAACCAAUAGGGCUUCCAAGUGA